AUGUGGGGAGCGUGCUUGCUGCUGGGCCUCAGGCUACAGCUGUCCCUCAGCGUCGUCAUCCCAGUGGAGGAGGAGAACCCGGCCUUCUGGAACCAAAAGGCAGCCGAGGCCCUGGAUGCUGCCAAGAAGCUACAGCCCAUUCGGACGUCCGCCAAGAACCUCAUCAUCUUCCUGGGGGACGGGAUGGGAGUGUCCACAGUGACAGCUACCCGGAUCCUGAAGGGACAAAUGGACGGUCAUCUAGGACCCGAGACACCCCUGGCCAUGGACCGCCUCCCAUAUAUGGCUCUGUCCAAGACAUACAACACAGACAUGCAGAUCCCAGACAGCGCGGCCACAGCCACAGCCAUGCUCUCCGGGGUCAAAACCAACUUCAAGGUCAUUGGCUUGAGUGCAGCUGCGCGCUUUGACGAGUGCAACACAACGUGGGGCAAUGAGGUCAUCUCUGUGAUGCAUCGCGCCAAGAAAGCAGGAAAGUCUGUGGGGGUGGUGACCACCACGUCGGUGCAGCACGCCUCUCCAGCAGCCACCUACGCACACACCGUGAACCGUAAUUGGUACUCGGAUGCGGAAAUGCCUGCCUCGGCCUUGCAGGAGGGCUGCAAGGACAUCUCUACACAGCUCAUCUCCAACAUGGAUAUUGAUGUAAUCCUUGGUGGUGGCCGCAAGUUCAUGUUUCCCAAGGGGACGCCGGACCAGGAAUAUCCAACUAACCCUGGCCAGGAUGGGACCAGGCUGGAUGGACGCAACCUAGUUCAAGAGUGGCUGGCAAAGCACCAGGGAGCCCAGUAUGUCUGGAACCGCUCGCAGCUCAUUCGGAUGUCCCUGGAUCCUUCUGUGACACAUCUCAUGGGCCUCUUUGAGCCUGAAUUCAUGACAUACGACAUCUACCGAAACCCUACCGAAGACCCUUCCCUGGUGGAGAUGACAGAGGUGGCCAUCCGUAUGCUGAGGAGGAACCCCCGAGGCUUCUACCUCUUUGUGGAAGGGGGCCGCAUCGACCAUGGCCACCAUGAAUCUGUAGCCUACCGUGCACUGACCGAGGCUGUCGUGUUUGACUCUGCCAUCGACAAGGCGGACAGGCUCACCAGUGAGAAGGACACCAUGAUCCUGGUCACCGCUGACCAUUCCCACGUCUUCACUUACGGUGGCUACGCACACAGGGGGAGCUCCGUCUUUGGGCUGGCUCCCUUCAAGGCUCAGGACGGCAAAUCCUUUACCUCAAUCCUAUAUGGCAAUGGUCCCGGCUACAGGCUCCAUGACGGCGUCCGGGCUGACGUUACUGAAGAAGAGAGCAGCAGCCCCUCGUACCGGCAGCAGGCGGCCGUGCCCUUGGACGGCGAGACCCACGCCGGGGAGGACGUGGCGAUAUUCGCGCGCGGCCCGCAGGCGCACCUGGUGCACGGGGUGCAGGAGCAGAACUACGUCGCGCACGUCAUGGCCUUCGCGGGCUGCCUGGAGCCCUACACCGACUGCGGCCUGGCGCCCCCUGCCGGCCACAGCAUUGCGGCGAGCCAGACCUCCACCCUGCUGUUCCUGCUGGCAGGGAUGGUGUUCGUACUGGUGGCGGCAGCUGAACUGACUCUCUAG